CCUCAGUCUGGUUCGUGCCUCUUACGGAUUUACACCUCGAGGCAAAUUGGGACGAGCCUCGGUGACGCCAUUCCGCGGAAUGAGAAGUCUCGGGACCACCGACGUUCUGUCUUCUCCGAAAUUACGGAGUAGAGUCCCGUUGUCGGAAGCGUCCCUGAUGGUUCCAUCCUGUUUGCGAUCCCCGUUUGACCCCGCCAGCCACCCCGCUAAUUACCAAAGAGGCGGAAAUUGGCGAUAGAAAUGCCACGAGGCGAGCAUCCAUUGCCGAGUUUCAGCCCAUGGAGGAUUGGUCCCGUCUCUACUUUGGUACCCCUUGACAGCUCGAGACAAACCAGGCGGGCUGGUGUCCGGCACCAAUGGAGAGGAGAUGCAAAAUCAUGUUGCUGUCCUCGCUCCUGCUGUUCUUGUGCGCCUCUACUUCAGCUGAACCGGGUCAACAAAAUCAGCACCAAGAGCAACCGAACGCCCGUCAACGAAAUGUACACGUGUAACUCGAACUAUGUCCAAAAGCGCCUCUUUCACUGUCCUGAGCCAGCGCAUGCAAUAUACAUAGACUUCAAAGUCGCGAUCGAAUCUGUCCGAGUCAACACAGCAAACGGCAGCUCCUCCAUACCUAUCGACAACAUUGCGUCUUUUUCUGUCAGUCCAGGAAGGCUUCCCGCGGGCGGAAAGAAGCAGGCGGGAGGGGCACCUGAAAAUUUCAGGGGGCCCGCCAUGGAAGUCAAGGUCAAUGUCACCCAUCACUUCUUGCGCCAUCUCGCAAACGGUUAAGCGUCAGGAACAACUCCCUAAUUGGUUCGCGGAAGCCGUCACCAUAGCCGGGGGGGCGUGGAUCGUGUGACAUCGUGACAGAGGGAUGGUUAUUGUACUUGCACAGGGGCGUAACAACCUGGAAGCUGAUGGACUGCCGCAAGGUCAAUGCCUCACUUGAUCGUUUCUUCUUCCUUCAGGAGACUUAUUACAUGGGCACGUGCAAGUGCUAAUGCUCAAACGAAAGUCGGGCUCGCUCCCAGAGGCAGGCCCAAUCAGGCCGAGCUUUGCGCGCUCAGUUUGCAGCUCAUCC